AUUACCCAUCAUGCCCCGCGGGUAAAGAUGGCGACAGCUGAGCAGGGCAGAUCAACUUUUCUGUGAGCGACUCUGAGUGUUUUUUCUCCCGCUUGUCGGAGCCUGUGGGCCGGCCGCUGUAUCUACCGCCGCACGCUGUCACGUCUCCGCUCAGGACCGCCGGCUCAGCUCGGUGGACGGACCCCAGCGCUCCUCCCUGGCCUCGUAUCAGUCCAGAGCCCCCCUCCCUCCCCCGCCGGAGGAGCACCGCGGAGCUCCGGCUAAAGUUUCAGCUCUUCUCCGCUGUGUUUGUGGAGAACACCCGGGCCGAGUCGAGCCCAGCCACGCUAACCGGCCUCUCAGUCUGACUGAUGGAACGUAUCGACUCCUUUUUCCAUCCGGUUUAUGUUUCAGGAUAUCAAGGCUCGGCCGAGGAGGAGGAGGAGGCAGCAGCUGAUCAUGGACCAGUUCCUGUGCUGACGCAUUCGGUGUCUCCGUGGAUGACGUCAGCUCUGGAUCAGUUGACUGAUCAGGACUGACAGGAAGUGACACGACAAGAACACUCAAGGAGGAGGAGUCAGGAUGACGAGCGCUGCGCCCGUCAGGAAGCCGUACCGAAAGGCUCCCCCUCAGCACCGUGAGACGCGCCACACCACUCUGCCCACCGCGCCGCCUCCACCGCCGCCGACACAGCCUGAUGUCCCGCAGGAGGCCUUAUCAGACUCAGACAGAAUCAGAAUCCUCCAGCAGCAGAAUGAGGAGCUGCGGCGCCGCGUGUCCCUCUCCACGCACAAGAUGGAGGCCAUGGAGGCGGAGUUUGACGGCAGCCGGCACUACAUGGAGGCGGAGCUUAGCCGGACCCGAGACGACUUGGACAAGAUGAGAGACAAGUUCCGCAGACUCCAGAACAGCUACACAGCGUCUCAACGAGCCAAUCAGGACCUGGAGGAGAAGCUCCACGCCCUGGCUGCCGUCAGUCAGACAUGGGUUCAUGCACUACGGAAGGUUGAGAGGGACAAAAAGACAAUGGACCAGGAGAUCGUGGAACUGACAAACAAACUGCUCGAUGCAAAGAACACUAUCGACCGCCUGGAGGAGCUCAAUGAGCGGUACAGACAGGACUGUAACUUGGCCGUUCAGCUGCUCAAGUGCAACAAGUCACACUUCAGGAACCACAAGUUCGCAGACCUGCCGUCUGAGCUACAGGACAUGCUCAAUAAGCACAUGAAGACCAGUCUGCCGGAGCGAGGCCCCGCCCCCUCUCAGGACCCAGACACGCUCAGUCUGACUCCGGCGGAUGUUGUGCCCACCUCCGUCAUCGCCCGUGUCCUGGAGAAACCUGAACCCCUGGUCCUGAACUCGGCCCAGUCCAGUAGCUGUGGCCGCCCGGUGGCCGAGGAUGUGUUUGUCCACGUGGACAUGACUGGCCCCGCCCCCGGUCUGGACGGACGCCACCAUGAGCUGGAGCCGCCAACCCCGCAGCCGCAGCAGAACGGGUCCUGUCGCAGUCAGAGCAGCCUGGACGGACAGUCUGGAGGAGAGGACGGGGGCGGGGCUCCGUCCUUUGAGAAGCUGAACCCGUACCCGGCCCCGCCCCCACCCCACCCCCUCUACCCUGGACGCAAGGUCAUUGAGUUCUCAUCGGACGACAAGGUGAAGAUCCCCAAGAACAGCCCCCUCCCCAACUGCACCUACGCCACCAGACAGGCCAUCUCACUGAGCCUCGUCCAGAACGACGACGAGAGGAUCGCACCUGGGAGCCCCGCCCCCUCUUCCUCAUCUGGAGGGGGUGGAGCCAACCAACACACCCCACCCUCCCAGAGAGAUGCUACCAGUGAACCGCUGUCCAGCCAGUCCAGCCCCUUCAGCAGCCCACCUCAGGCUCCCAGUGUCCUGGCGAGCUCCGGUAGCUCAGAGGAGGAUCUGUUGGCGAACUGGCAGCGGAUGUUUGUGGAGAAGAUGGCGCCUUCCUGCGACAACUCUCUGGUCCACCGUACGUCCUUCAGCAGUCACAUGGCACAGGAGCUGCAGCGGCGGCGGGCGGCACCGGGGGGUGGAGCCUCUUCCUCCUCGGAUCAUCACCGGGCGGCAUACUCAGAUGGCGAGGAGGGCUCGUCCGCUCGCAGCUGGACACCGAGUCGCGGAUCCAGCCUCGACACUGACACCGACACGGAGCCUCGCUCGGGACGGAGGCCAGAGGAAGACCGCCUCCUCAUGAACCUGGAUGAUGAUGAUGGCAGCGCAGAUACUGCUGUCACCGUGGAGACCAGCCCAGCCGACGCCCGCAGGAAGCAGCUAGAAGAGGAUGACGAGGAGAGUUCAACGGAGGAGAGGGACGUCCUUCCUCACGACCUGCCCGUCAUCGCACCGCGCCUCCUUGACUUUGACCCCGCCCUCUCUGCUGCCGCCGCCGCCACCCAACGACCGCAGAAGAGCCCGAAGAGGAUGGGCGUGCACCACCUGCACCGCAAAGACAGCCUGACCCGAGCCCAGGAGCAAGGCACGCUAUUGGACUGACGGAGGGUAGAGGCCACGCCCAUCAGGAGAUAGCCAUACUCUAUUCGGUUCUAUUCUAUUCUACUCAUCCUGAACACUCUCUCUCUCUUCUUUUUUUUUUUUUUUACAAAACAGUAUGUAUGUAUAUGUGUCUGCAUACUUUUGACCAUCUACUUCAAGAGGCAUUCACUGAGAACAGCUAGGUACAGAAAUAGCCAAAAGUAUGUGGACAUCCCAGCGUAUUGAUCGGUUGUGUAAGAGAAGUAUUAGGAUCAAUAAUAGAGGCCCUGUUCGGUCUGUUCAUAUGUGAUUAUGGAAUUAGAUUUUUGUGUCAAAAACAAACAAAACUAAGAAUCACAGAGUGAUUAAGAGUUGAUUGGAGCUGAUUAACAGUUCAUUUAAUGUGUAUUUUCAGUAUUUUUCACUAUGAGGACAUUAAUGUCCAAAUACUUUUGUCCACUGAGUUUAUGACACAAAUGCAAUUAGACCAUAAAUAUCCAAAAGUAUGUGGACGUCCCAUGGUAUUGAUCAGUGAAUUACAGAAGUAUUCAUGGAGAAGCCCGUGUCAGUCUGUGUGAUGCCGUGUUGUGGUGAAUCUAAACGAACUCUAAGAUAUUCGGACGUUGGCCUCGUUUAUGACGAGGACACGCCCCCAGUGCCUCGGCCUAUGGUCUGUGGUUGCGGGUUCGACGCCGGGCCUUCGGUGGCGUGUUUCAGCCAUUGAUCUGAUCGAGUCUUAAUGACAGUGAUGGUUUUAACCUUUGACCCUGUUCUGACCCCACUCCCCUCACCUGGCUGAACCUGUCGGGGGGCGGGGCUUCUGCUCCCACCUCAACGUAACCAUCAGUGUGUUUAUUCUUUUGUCGUUAUUAUCACCUUUGUGUUGUUAUUGAUUCUGAAUUAUUGAUCUGUUAUUAAGACAUUAUUAUUAUAAUUAUUAUUAUUAUUUUCUGUUUGGUUUGGUUUGUGUUUGUUUUUUAUUCACACUAUGGAAGCCUGUGAGCACCAAAACAGAUGUGGAUUUAACGUCAAGGUUAGAAGUUCCUUGUCGUCAUGUGGUGGAAAUAAACGAGUCUGUAGAAGGAAUCAGUCGGUGUUUGACUGUUCCGCCACCGCCUCCGUUCACAGCAGGACGUGGAGCGCCAUCGUCCCAUCGGCGCCCUCGUACCCCCAACACCACUGUGAAUAAAACGAGCAAACCCUUUAACCAGCAGCAGCACGGUAACGACCAGUGACCACCGUAAUGACCGUCAACCGCGGAUAUGACUGGUGACCACGGUAGCGACCGGAAACCAUGGUAAUAAACAGUGACCAUGGUAACGUAAUGACCGGUGACCAUGAUAGUGACCUGUAACCAUGGUAAUGGUAAUGACUGGCAACCAUGGUAACAACCGCUAGUGGCCCAUAAACAUCUGGAAUGACAUUUAUUGAUCUGUACUGAUCUGUGAUGGUCGGUUUCGGUUUCCUGCUGCUAUUUCUGAUCUGAACUGAACCGUAUAGCGAUUUGGGCGGAGACUCCACCUACAGGAGGCGCCCCAGAGCAGGACAAGGUCUGGGCAAAUGUAGUCUGGAUCAGUCUUAGUUUGGUUUAGUUCAAGACCUGAGCCUCUCGUUCACACGGCCACUCUGAUUGGUUGUUGCUGUUUUGGCGCCCACAGGCCUCCGUACCUCCGUUGUGGUCUCAGUUUGGUGUUGUUCUUCUUCAUUGGUGUCGGUGGUGAAUGUCGGCCAUCGCCUUCCUCACAGCUGAGGACCAAUGAUCAUAGAUCGAUCACUGAUGGAUGUAACCACAGAGGGUAUUGAUCGUGAUCAGCUGGUUCCUCUGAAUGUUCUUCUGUUCAGUGAGUUGGACGUUACAGUGUCUGAUGUUCUAUUGAUUGAUUGAUUGAUUGAUUGAUUAGUGUAUUGAUGCUAAAUAUCUGUCACACUGUACGGAAGCCCAAAGCUGCCACAUUACUUUUCUUCUUUGGAUGUAAAUGAUCUCACUAAUGAAUGUGUCGACACUAACGAGCACUGUUCACCGCCUGCAGCUUCACGACCAUGUAAUGUACACUGAGAGUGCCCUGCUGGUGCAAAGCAUGAUGGGAUACGGAGCAGACUGUACAGUGAAAGGGGCAUCAACACAAAGAUUACCUCUGGUGUUAGUCGCUAUGAAAAAUGAGAUUCGACUUUAAUUAAAUAUAUAAUGUUGAAGCUGUUAGCGUUAGCCUGUGAGCUAAUGACCGCUAACAUUCAUGUCAGACUGAGGGUAAACAGAAGAAUCUGCUUUAAAAACCUAAAGAUUCACUUCAUCCAGUUAAUAAAAUCUUCAUCUAAUCUGAUCUGUUUGGUUGGCUCCGUACAUCAGACCCUGAACCACAUCAGUAAACAGAGCUGAGGGUAAAUAAAACAUGUAGAAACACUAGUUUCUUCCUUUAAAGGAAACAGAGCUGAAUUAUUGAAGCCUGUUUUCUGGAGUUGAACCUUAACGGACUGAAACCUCCGUCUCCAACGGUGACGGAGCAGCAGCUGCUCAAUUAUUAAGGUUUUAUUACCAUCAGAAAUGGGUCGCUAAUACUUUAAACACUGGGUGUGAGCGCCGUGGAAAUGUACAACGUUAAUAUUUUAUAAAGAGUCGUCACAUGUAGAAGAAGGAGGAGGAAGAGAUGCACUGUGGGUAUAAAUAGACUUUACAUCUGGACUCCUGCAACUUUAAUGACUUCUUCAUGAAUAUAAUUGGAGACUCAGACAAGGUCACCUUCUCCUCCUUCUCCUCCUCCUGUUCUUCCUCCUCUUUCUCCUCCUCAUCUUCCUCUUCCUUCUGCCCUUUCGCUUCCUCUUCCUUCAUCUUCUGUCUUUUUGUUCCCGUUUCUUUUACUAAAACUCAGUUUUGGCUAAAUUCACUGGUAAAUGUUCUGUAUUUUGAAUCUGUAUUUUUAUUCACUUUUUCAGCUACAUAUGGUUACACUUUUGUUUUGAGGUUUUUAGUUUUAGAACAAAUAAUUUUAGCCAUUGAAGGAUCUCCAUUAUUUUCUCUGAUAAUCAGUGACAUUCGUUUAUAGAAGAAAUUUUUAAAAGUAAGUUUUUGAUGACUUUUGUGUUUUAAUCGGUUUCACUGCUGUUCAUCUGCACAGAUUUAAUGAUUAAUAAUGUCAAAUGAGCCCCGUCUCCCAUCAUGCACCGCUCUGCACCGAACACAACUGAACCUGAAAAAUGAGUUGAUCUCAGUCUGAUUCACAAAUGUGUUGGCGUCUGUGUUCGACGUUUCAGUCAAUCAGUUUUUAUUCCGUUUCAGUUUGAGGCUUAGGUUUUAUUUAACUUCAAUGCUUGGAGAAGUCUGAAUAUUUACAGGAAAGAGUUGUAAUAUCAAGGAAAAGAAUCUCAGUACAACAGGAAUAAAGUCAUAUUUUGAGGAAAAAAAACAUUUAUUUAAUUUAGUGUUUAUUCCGUUUCAUUGUCUAUGCUUUAAUACGAACUGAUUCCACUUAUUUCAGCCUAAAGUCAACAAUUUAUUAAAGAAACCAACUGUAAAUACUGUGUUUAUUGACUCAAAAGAUGAAGAAAAAUGUCAGAGAAAACUUUAAUCCUGACACUAAAGUGACUGAUUAUUGGUUAAAUAUUAAUACCAACGCAGACAUACGUUCACACAUUUGCAAAUUAAACUGAGACUCUUCAAACUUUUACACUGAAACUCUGAUCACAUGAUUUAUUUUCUGUUAAUCAGCUGAUAUGUAAUGAGUGCUAAUGAGAGGCUAAUGCUAAUGUUAGCUGUUAUGUUUUAAACAGGUGAACUCACCUGAACAAACUGUUUUAAGGACUGAUUAAAUCUUUAUUAACGGGAUAUUAAUCAAUGAACCCCAAAUAAAGUCACAUGACCUCAGUAGAGUAUAAAUAAGAAAAUGUUUGAAGAAAACUUUAUUUAAAGUCACAAUAUUUAUAAGAAGACGACACACCUGGACUCAUGUGGACUCACUGGGACUGAUGUAGACUCGUGGACUCACCUGGACUGAACCAGAGGAUUGAUUGUUUUAUUUUGAAGGGGACUUUUGCUCCUCCCCUUCUGCAGAUUGUAGCCCCUCCCCCUCCUCCUCUGUGACCCCUCGCUGUGGUGCUUUUGGGUUCACCUGAACGGUUCCAGUGUUGGUUUUUCUUUCACUUCCUGUCGGACUGUUAAAACUCUACUAAUGCUUUUAUUUUGUAAACGAUGUAUAUUUUAAAACAAAUUAAAUAUUUUAAAUGUA